AAGAUUAAAAUAUUUUGGCUAUCAACUUUUAUUUUAAAAACAAAAUUCCCUGAAAGAUUUUUUUAAAAACCAGAUUGCAGUUCCACACGGAGCCUCUGAGCGCCGCUGUCGGCCAGUGCAGAGCAAGGGCUGACGCCCGGAUCCCUCAGCUUCCAGCCUGGGAUUUCCUGCGCAGUCACGAAACACAGAGAGAAAGAGACCCAAUUCAUACACGGAGUAUUCUGGGCGCGCGGAGUCAACCCAGCGCACCCGGAUUUCCAUUCCCACGACUGGCGGCUCUGCCGGUCCUGAAUGCUCUUCCAGAGCGGUAGACUGCACUUUCUUCAACUGGAAAGGCGGGGACUGAGAACUGGAGCGAGCAAUGGGAGGGAGCUGCGCACACAGGCGCCCGGCCGGCCCAUGGCAAGUACUAUUGAUGUUUCCCUUCCUGCUGCCUUUGUUCUACCCCGCGCUCUCGGAGCCGAUCCGCUACGCGAUUCCGGAAGAGCUGCCCAAGGGCUCGGUGGUGGGGAGGCUGGCCAAGGAUCUAGGGCUUAGCGUCCUGGAUGUGUCUGCUAGGAAGCUGCGAGUUAGCGCGGAGAAGCUGCACUUCAGUGUAGACGCGGAGAGCGGGGACUUACUUGUGAAGGACCGAAUAGACCGUGAGCAGAUAUGCAAAGAGAGGAGAAGAUGUGAGUUGCAGUUGGAAGCAGUGGUGGAAAAUCCUUUAAAUAUUUUCGAUGUAACUGUGCAGAUUGAGGAUGUUAAUGAUCAUGCCCCUCAAUUCCAUAAAGGUGAAAUAAACUUAGAAAUCAGUGAAUCCACCAGCCCGGGAAUGAGAACAAUUCUUGAGUCUGCAGAAGAUCCCGAUACAGGGGUGAAUUCACUGAGCAAAUACCAACUAAGUCCUAACGAUUAUUUCUCAUUGGUGGUAAAAGAUAAUCCCGAUGGUAGCAAAUAUCCGGAAUUAGUAUUACAGAAGACCCUGGACCGAGAAUCGCAAAGUACUCACCACUUAGUGCUAACAGCCUUAGAUGGUGGGGACCCUCCCCGAAGUGGUACUGCUCAGAUCCGAAUCCUGGUGGUUGACGCUAACGACAACCCCCCGGUUUUCAGUCAGGACGUGUACAGGGUCAGCCUUCGGGAAGAUGCGCCUCCAGGUACCUCGGUCCUGAGGGUGAGUGCGACCGACCAGGACGAGGGCAUCAACGCAGAGAUCACCUACUCCUUCCUGGGUGCGGCAGACAAAGCUCAGCACGUGUUCUCUCUGGAUUCCACUACUGGAAACAUUAUAACUCGUCAGCCCUUGGAUUUUGAAGAAGUCGAAAGAUAUACGAUGAAUGUAGAAGCGAAGGACCGAGGAUCUCUCUCCACACAGUGUAAAGUAAUCAUAGAAGUUCUCGAUGAAAACGACAACAGGCCAGAAAUAGUCAUCACGUCGCUCUCUGAUUACAUUUUGGAGAACUCCCCACCUGGAACGGUCAUAGCCCUCUUCAAAACACGGGAUCGAGAUUCUGGGGAAAAUGGAGUAGUCAGGUGUAGCUUAAGUAGAGACGUUCCAUUCAAGAUUCAUUCUUCUAAUCGUUACUACAAGUUAGUAACAGAUGCAAGUCUGGACAGGGAGCAGGACUCAGAAUACAACGUCACAAUCACGGCGACAGAUAGGGGCAACCCGCCUCUCUCCUCCAGUACAACCGUCAUCCUACAUAUUGGCGACGUCAACGACAACGCCCCGGUUUUCCAACAGGUUUCUUACGUGGUCCAUGUGUCCGAGAACAAUCCUCCAGGAGCUUCCAUAGCUCAAGUCAGCGCCUCCGAUCCCGACUUGGGACCCAACGGCCACGUUUCCUAUUCCAUCGUAGCCAGCGACCUGGAGCCCCGGGCGCUGUCGUCCUACGUGUCCGUGAACCCGCAGAGCGGGGUGGUGUUCGCGCAGCGCGCCUUCGACCACGAGCAGCUUCGCGCCUUCGAGCUGACGCUGCAGGCUCGAGACCAGGGCUCGCCCGCGCUCAGCGCCAACGUGAGCCUGCGCGUGUUGGUGGGCGACCUCAACGACAACGCGCCGCGGGUGCUGUACCCCGCGCUGGGACCCGACGGCUCCGCGCUCUUCGAUAUGGUGCCUCGGGCGGCGGAACCCGGCUACCUGGUCACCAAGGUGGUGGCGGUGGACGCCGACUCCGGACACAAUGCCUGGCUGUCCUACCACGUGCUGCAGGCCAGCGACCCAGGCCUCUUCAGCCUGGGGCUGCGCACGGGCGAGGUGCGCACAGCGCGCGCCCUGGGCGACAGGGACGCGGCCCGACAGCGCCUGUUGGUGGCUGUGCGAGAUGGAGGGCGGCCACCCCUCUCCGCCACCGCUACAUUGCAUCUGGUCUUUGCUGAUAACUUGCAGGAGGUACUGCCAGACCUUAAUGACCAUCCGGAGCCCUCAGACACCCAGAUGGAACUGCAGUUUUACCUGGUUGUGGCUUUGGCCUUAAUCUCUGUGCUUUUCCUCCUUGCGAUAAUUCUGGCCAUUGCCCUACGCCUCCGACAGUCUUCCAGCUCUGCAGCUGGGGUCUGCUUUGGGAAGGGUCUCUGCUCCAAGUCUAAACAGGUUCCCCCCAACUACAGUGAGGGCACCUUGCCCUAUGCCUACAAUUUGUGUGUGCCUGGGGGUCAAACUAACUCAGAAUUUAAUUUUCUCACAUCUGUUGAUCAUUGUUCAGCUACACAAGAUAUUCUCAACAACAAAGACAGCUCUUCUGUGCUAUUGGCUAGCAUUUUAACUCCAAGCAUUGAAGCUGAUAAGACUUUUAAACAGGUAAGUAUUUAA